AUGGCCAAGUUCGGAUGCCCCCUCGAGGCUUACAUUUUCAACCCACCAAUCUCCUCUAUUCCUCUAGAGCAGCUAGAUGAGAGUGAUAACCUUAAAACCGCGAUUCGAUUCGCCAGGGAUGUCGUCAAAGCCAGCAUAGCCACAGACCUAGGCUAUGAUGAGGUUGAGGAAGAGGAUCCAUUUGUGCAGUUAGCUUCUUGGAUGCCUAAUUUGUAUGUGAACCAAUCAGAUCCAAUCUGCUCAGAAUACAUUGGUUAUUUCAUGCACAGAAUCAGAAUGUCUGAAUUGGGAGCCGACAUGAUCGAGAGGAUUGCUUCUAGAUACUCACUUAAGGGUCUGUUGUUCGGAGGAGGAGGAAGUUCGUCGUCAUAUUCUUCACCACAGCCUCUUCAUUAUCUUCCAUCGGCCUCUAUGGUGGUUAAUACGGCCGGAAUGCGGGAUUUUACGGCAGCUCAUGGGAUUCAUCAAUGGUGGGAUCCUAGGUUUAUUAGCGAUAAAAAUGAAAAUCCACUAUACUUGUUGAACAAAUGUAAAAGACUUGAGAUCUACACUUUUGAAGCUCUAAUUGAUCUUGAAAACGGUGGAAUCCCGCGCCAUUAUUCCCCUUCUGAUGUUCUAAUGAACAUGAGGGAGUAUAUGUAUCAACGCGGCUUUCUUGUUCAUUCCAUUGUCAUAUACGCUUGUGAGACUACUUUUCCUAAGAGAUACUUGGACUCAUUCGAUCUAAUAGACGGUGUCAACGUUGUUCGAGUUAAAAAAACCUUAGGUGAAACACGAGAUGACGCCGACUAUGCAAUGAAGGCCGAGAUGAACAAUUGGGGGUUAGAACGUCUUCCUCCGGCGCCAAUGUUUAUCGUCACUUCGGACAAGGAUUAUGUGAAAACCAUCCAGAUUUUGAAGAAUCGCGGGUUCCAGUUCUUAGUGGCCUAUCUCGAUCAUAGUGUCGGUGCCGAAAUUCGAUGCGUGGCCGAUUUCGUUGAUUGGCGCAAAGUAGCCCUCGGUCAUCUUCUCAUCAUUGAUGCUAGCAACAUGCCUAAGGACCAAAGCAAGUCUCCGCCGAAGAGGCUACUUCCCCCAUCUCCGCCUCCACACUCUUCUCUCGUAAAGGUUGUGUGGGAUGUACAAUCCACGCUUGACAUUGACGACAAAAGGUCCAAAGUUAUGCCCGAUGAUUUAAGUCUUGAGGAUAUGAGAGAUAACAUUGAGAAUGAGCUUCAUAUGCUUGAGUAUAAAGGUAUAGAUGGAGACAUCCAAAUUAUCACCGAGGCUCAAUCAAUGAGUACUGAUCAAUUGAUACAAAAAACGAGCUACUAA